AGAAAAUGACAAUGUCCAACUCUUCCCAUGAUAUGAUAUACUUGUAAACCAACUUCUAGCUCUCCUACUACUUCCCCCUCUUCAUACCAUGUUUCAUCUUGAUCAGGGUCAAAACUUCCCUAGAAAUCACCUCUAUCGAACCCACCAUGUUCAUAGCAGCGCCAAUCGUGAUAGCGCAGAAGAAAACGAUUUUGAUUUUUGGAAACAAGCACAUACAUAUGAAGACUUUGGCUGUUACUCACCGGUAACAUGGGAAACAAACACGUUGAGAUCAAACAUGAAAGACGACGAGUCUUCUCCUUUGCUUCCACACAACCAUCAUUACAGCAUUCCUUGUCCAACACCGUCAAGAGAAGAAAUAAUUCUUCAAAGCAGGAAGGACCUUAUGGAAAUGAUCCAAGACAUGCCCGAGUCCUGUUACGAAAUUUCUCUAAAAGACUUUGUCGAUGAGCAACAAAGUACGCAGGGGGUUAAAGAAGAAAACAAUGUUCAAGAGACGAGUUUUGAUUUUCACAUUGAACCCCAAGUCAGGAAGCAAAAGAGAAAAACGCAGAAAGGCUAUACGACACGCCAGAUAUCAAGGACUUCAAGCAUGGAGAGUGAAAUUUUCUUGAUUAAGGUGUUCUUUCCAACUUUUCUAGGUUCAAAGAAGAAAGAAAAGGCACCUGAGAAUCGCUCGAAAGUUUCCCCAAGGCCGUCAGCUGGGGGACCUGAGAACCACAAUGAUUGGUCUAAGAUCCGUAAGUUUUUCCUAAAUAAAAAGAGUGGCGCAAGUUGCAGUAGCGGGAGUACUAGUAGUAGCAGCAACAGCAGCACAACAAGGUCUGUUACAUGCAGGUCUUCCGGUAGCAAUAUCUUAACUGGUUGCUGGUUCAUCCGCAGCAAGAAAAGCAAAAGCAAGAGACAAAGGGGAUUAGUUAUGUGAAGAUUAAUUAUGCUAACUAGAAAAAUCUACUAAUUUCUCCAAGGUAUCGUAGUGUUAGAAUAAUAUUGUAAAUUUUAAAAGAAGUCGAAAUCAUGUGGCUGAGAAGUGAGUCCAAGUCAUUGAAUUCUCGAACAAUUCAAUUAAGAUGUAUAAAUAUAAGUUGUGUACUCAUAUGAUAGUGUGUAUUCAAGUUAAAAAACCAGUUUCAUUUUAAUUAUAUUUUAUUGCAAGUGAUUCAAGGCUAUGUAUCUUCCAAC